AUGUUGCAUCAUGUUAAAACAGCAGCUGCGUUCCACAGGAGUCAGAACACUGGGAUGUUGUGAUCCCAUCUCCUCCUUAACGCUCAAAAGGGCAGAUCAUCGCAAAGGUUCAAGGCAUCUUCAAUUGAUACAAUCAUUUGGGGUAGAGAGGCUAUGUAGGUCACGCAAGUCGUUUGUUACCUGUGGUAGACUAUCGCGUUGGCAUGACUUAAAGGAGGACCGUGGUUGUGGAUUUGUUCUCGGACUUUUUCAGCAGAACUGAGGACAUCCGCCCCGCUCCCAUGCCUUGCGUGGAAUUCAGCUGACGACAUCCUGAGCCGUUAUGGGUAAGAAUAGUGGCGGCAUUCUGUAAGUAAGGUAAAAGUUGGGAACUCUAAAAAGCAUAUCGUAACAUCAAACCAGGUGGUUGACUUUUAAAACAUGUAUAACGUAGCUUCAACGGUGCUAUACCUACUGGUAUUUUUGACUACUGCGGUAUCGGUGACAUGGGCACUGAAAGAUUACGUGAUUAUUGCGACCAACAGCGGCCAAGUGCGAGGGGAGGUUGUAGAAAAAGGAGUGGGACAACCCAAAGCCUACAUCAGUCAGUUUCUUGGUCUCCCAUAUGCCGCUCCUCCUAUUGGACAUCUACGAUUUCGUCCCCCUGUACCUCACUUAGGGUGGAAUCGUAUCAUGGAUGUAGUAGAACAUGGAAAUAUUUGCCCCCAAAAUACAACGCUGUGGAAACAACGGAUGAACCCAGAAGUAUUUAAAGCUAGAAUUCAGCACAAUUUCACCAGUGAGGAUUGCCUUUUUCUGGAUAUUUAUGUGCCAAGGAAUUUGAAGAAAUGGGUCAAUCCCGCCGAGCUCAAACUCCCUGUCAUGGUGUACUUUCAUGGCGGAGGGUUUCAACAAGGCUCCUCCAUGAUGUAUGGGGGGCAUUGGUUAGCAAUGGAGGGGGACGUGAUUAUAGUCGUGGUCAAUUAUAGACUAGGUGUACUAGGAUUCCUUAGCUCCGAGUACGCUAACAUGGGUGGGAACUUCGGUUUACUUGACCAACUCAGAUCCCUCGAAUGGCUGAAGGACAACAUCGGUCACUUUGGAGGGGAUUCCAACCAGGUGACAAUUUUUGGUCAGGGCGCCGGAGGUGCCUCUGUCUCAUUCCACGUCUUGUCACCUCGCAGUAAAACCCUAUUCCACAGAUCCAUAUCACAAAGCGGAGUGGCUCUCAUGCCUAACAUCACACAAUACAAUUCCACUCUAAUGGCUCGGACUUUGACUGAGCGACUGAAUUGCACACGAAACACAUCAAUAGAGGAAGCUGAUUGUUUAAGACUCGAGGUUGAUGUAAAAGUAUUAUUAAAUAUCUCUAGACAGGUGGCCGAAGAACUGAAUGACCAGUGGCUACCUGUCAUCGAUGGUGACUUUAUCAUUGGUGACCCCCUAUCGACUUUCCACACAUUGUCCUAUAACUUGGUGCCUUACGUCAUAGGAGUCAAUAGCCACGAUGGAUUUCCUGUAUAUGAAAAUAAACUAAAUCUAAAACCCGAGGAGGAGGUAACACAAAAAAUUCUUGCCGACACUAUUCGGGAUACUGUUAAAAGAGACUACGAAGAAGUGGUGGACAAAGUGUCCAAGGUGACUGAGAUGGAGUACAGCACGUGCGUGCAGAAUGACACUCAGAGAAAAGCUGCCCUGGUUGAUUUUUUGACCGACUAUACGAUCGGUGCCCCCAGCUACUUAGCAGCAACACUCCACAGAGUGACGGGAGCUGUGACUUACUUUUAUGAAUUUUCACAGCGCCCUUCUUAUAAACUCACAAACGAAAGCAUUCCGUCUUUUGUUCAGGCCUCGCACGCUGAUGAAAAUGACUAUGUGUUUGGUUAUAUGAAAUACGUAAUACAAAAUACCACUGCUGAAGACCAUGAGCUUUCCGUAGCCAUGAUGCGAGCUUGGACGAGAUUUGCUAAAACGAAGAGCAUGGACGGCUGGGAGGAGAGUUUGUUGGCCGUUGAACCUGGUAAAGACCCCCUGGUGAAAAGUAAUGAUUUGGACAAGACUUCCCCUGGUAACCUGCAGAAUAGAGCCAAAUGGGAGAAACUCACAGCAAAGAAUGAGAACUACUUUGUCUUUACGACAGAUUUAAAUGAGCAUUCCAGCCACAAGAAGUACAGGCACGUCCAGAUGGCGUUCUGGAACAAUUACAUUCUGAGCAUGCGUGAUGGAGUGUGUCGCGCGCCUCCUCCCGUCAUAGUGCGGCUGCAUGAGAGUUCUACGCAUGGCAGAAAGCUAACUCCAAACCCACUGGCCGCGGAACUUGCUGCUGCCAACACAUCACGAACAGUGCUCAUAGUCUUCCUAAUCUUAUUUAUCAUCCUCCUCGUCGUCAUUAUCCUUGUUUUGUGUUGGAUACGUUAUAAGAAGAAAAAUAAGAAAGACGAAGAUCCAAAGCGUGAGUUCAGCAAAGCCUUCGAACCCCCAGAAUCUUCCGACCCAAAUCACCGUGGUAACCACGUCGAUUCCAGCCCACGUGGUAGUGAUCGAGCAGACGACAGCGAUUCGGACGACCCAGAAGAAGGAAAAGGUGGGAAAGCGCGACUAUUGGCAUUUAGAGACUGCGUAAGGCAGAAAACAAGUGCUUGUUUCACGUGUUCUAACGAGGAGGAAAGUGAUGGCAUUCAUUCUAAGGCAGACGAUGAGCCAACAGAAAACCACAGACUUCGAAGUCCUAUAGAGGUAGAGACGGACGAGGAAACUAAACCUAUGACAAAUCACGCUACGGAUGUAUAACUAAAAAUUAAUGCUUCAUAACAUUUCCCUCAAACAGACGUAUUUUUCUGUAACUCUGUUUGCUUUAGGCACAAAAAGGAGCCAUAAGCACGGGAAAAUAUUUUGACUGAAGUUACAUGUUGAAGUGAAAUGUUUGAAAACAGUUCUUGAAAGCGACAUUACCAGCUUGGUGUUGUUAAUUCAUGUGGGUGAAUCCUGCAUCUCCAUAUCUCACAGCAUACUUCAUUUACAGUCUUUACAGUUUGCAUCAUCACACGUUUUAAAUUCUAAUUUUUAUUUGGGACAUAAUUUAAUAAAGAAAGCUGUGCGGACUCAGGGAAGUUUUCUUGUAGCAUGUGCGCUGUCUUGUCUGCUUGAAGAUGGCUUAUGAUAGCUAAUACUAACGAUCGGCGCUAAACUGUGGUUUCCAACCUUAAAUAUGUUACUACAGAAACGUGAAACCCAAUUAGUUCCGGCUCAAAUUAACUUAAAGGAUUCCAUUUUGUGGUAGCAAAUAGUAGGUAGAGUAGGAAGCAGGUUUCUAAACCAUCGAAUCAAGCUUUAACUUCAACUAAUCAACUACUUAAUCAUUUAGUAAAAUUGAAGUUAAGGAAGUUAGGCUGACCGUGUGAGGGGUGAAAAACAACCUUUCCUUUUAUAUUCAUAUCUUUAUAUGCCUUGUGCGUUUUUUCAAAUAUCAGCUUUGUCAACUGUGAUGUGUAGGCAUGGGAGGCGUGUUGGCGUUCUAUGAUCUAUACCACUGAUUAUAGGCCAUUACAACAGGGAGGUUAUGCUGUAACUCAUUUGUGGAAACUUCUUAUUCCGUCACAGAGCGAUAUAUUCACGCAUAAGUGAAUUGUGUUUUUUAGAUGCGAUUUCGUUUAAUUUGAGUAACUGGCGUAAAUGGACAAUUUGGAUUUGGCCAUUGAGAAGAUAAGGUUUUAUAUAUAAAAAAAGACAACCAGCUGUUUACACGGCUACUGGUCCAUGCCAUCAUACAGCUUAUCAGUCUAGAAUCUGAAUUUAUAUGUGUUAAGUCUGCGUCCGCUUUGUGAUGACUACUAUAUUCAGAAUACUGUAUAUUUGAUGCUGGUAUGUGGAGAUAGUAGAUAGAAUUAAAAAGAUAUCAACUGUGAUUUCAUGUUCUGUACCACCGCCACUGAUAUUUGUGUGAUUUGAAUCGGAUCUUUUUACACUUGUUAUUGUUAUUGAGCAAAUGAUGAACUGUACAGUCAAGUCUGUCACGUUAUGUUCACGUAUAUGUACAAUAAUAUAUAGUGGCUCUGGACUUUUAUUUUUCUGUUAGCUUGGGGAAUCAAAAAGGGAUAGAAAAUGAGUAAAUACACACUUCCUCGUGGUUCACAGUGUAGUUUUUAACCUUUUUUUAACAUUAAGGUUCGAAAUCAUUCAUGAUUGAAGUAUUUUUUGAUCGAGCUCGAGCCUGUCUAUUAAUGUAACAUUUUUAGUUCUAUGUACUUUUUAAAGGUUGUCCCUUAAAACUGCGGUAGCACAGAUAGUAGUUAGCUCCUUUAUUAAAUGUAAAUCGGGAACGAAAUCGAACCAAGUACAUUUCUAUACUAUUUGAUGGAAAAAUUCUGAAAAAGAUGUAAAUAAUACAUGACAGAAGCCUAGAAUAAAUCACGAUCACAAUAAAACUUCAUAUUUA